AUGUCUGUAUCACGCACAGCUGGAGCGCUCGCCCGUUCCUCAAACUCCACAUACUUACGAUUCGCCGCUCCAUCAUCAACUCCCCGCCGAUGUUCGCAAUGUCUCCGCAGCUUCUCCUCAUCGAUACAGUACCGCCAGUCGUCGAAGCGACAGAUGCAGACUGCGACGGCGUAUCAUCCUGCGUCGUUAUUCCCCGAGCCGCCACCACGUAACGCCCGUGUGCCAGAUACUUCAAUAGCCGGAGGCGUACCCGAGGCAAAUCAGUCAAUUCCCUCACGAUUGUCUCAUCAGGACCGCAGUGCUGCUACCCAUCAAGAGCAGCCAUUAGUCAGCAUACCAGAAGGCGAGGCGCAAAAGCCACAGCCAGCAGCUGCUCCCAACAAGUCUCUCCGACCGCGACGCUACAAUUUCGGGCCCCGAAAAGCGACGAUCAAGCUCUCACCAUCCGCCGUAGCACAUCUACGAGAGCUCCUCGAACUCCCCGAACCAAAGCUUAUACGGAUAGGCACAAGGGCGAAGGGCUGUUCGGGGUUGGCAUACCAUUUAGAAUACGUGGAUAAGCCGUCCAUGCUCGAUGAGCAGGUUGAGCAGGAUGGUGUCAAGGUUUUGAUUGACAACAAGGCGCUGCUGAAUAUCAUUGGGAGUGAGAUGGAUUGGCUUGAAGACAAGCUGAACCAGAGGUUUAUUUUCAAGAACCCGAAUAUCACGGAACAAUGCGGCUGUGGAGAAUCUUUCAGCGUAUCAUGA